AUGCGCGCCCUCCACGCCCAGUUCCCCGACGCCUACGACACCCCCGCCCUCGCCAACCUCUUCGCCGAGGAGGAGCGCCGUCAGCGCUGGACCCGCCGCGGCGUGAGGGUCUGGGAGCGCUACGCCGACCUCGGCCUCAAGGUCCCCAGUAAAUGGAGGAGGGAGGGCGUCGGCAAGAAGAAGCGCGGAGACGCCCUCGGCAGUGGUGGUGGUGGCGGCGGCGGUGGUGUCGGCGGCCAUCGUGGUGGUGAUGGCCCCGCGGCUGUUGGCGUGGGUGGGUUCGACGGCGCUGACUUUGCCAUCGAUGGCGAGGCCCUCGAUGCUGCCGCGCAGGAACUGGAAGGCGAGGUAGAGGAGAGGAAAGCCUUGGAAAAGGUCAGGGCUAGGCGGAGGCUCUCGGGCAAGAUCAUAUAA